AUGCUCCUCCCCCGCCGCAAGCUCAAACGCCUCCUGAUCAUGCUCCUCCCCUUCCUCCUCACCCUCGCCCUUCUCACGCCGCUCUACUGCAUCUACAAGCCGCCCGCCCUCCUGAUCCGCUACUUCCAGCACCACUGGCCCGACACCCUCUGGCACGUCCCGCUGCCCUCGUCCAAGAAACUCGUCGCCCUGACCAUCGACGACGCCCCCUCCCCCCACACCGCUGACAUCCUCAACGCCCUGCGCGAAAAUGAUGCCACAGCCACCUUCUUCCUGAUCGGCUCGCAGAUCCCCGGCCGCGAGGAGACCCUCCACACCCUCAUCCGCGGCCGCCAUGAGCUCGCCAACCAUGCCAUGCACGACGAGCCGUCGCGCAGUCUGACUGACGAUGAGCUGGCGGUGCAGCUCGCGCAGGUGCAGGAUCGCAUUCGCGCUGCGUAUGCGGCUGUCGAUGGCGCGCGGGAGCCGCCCACAAGAUACUUCCGGCCUGGGUCGGGGUUCUUCAGUGAGCGUAUGCGCGCGUUGGCACAGAAGCUGGGGUUUAAGAUUGUGUUGGGGAGUGUGUACCCGCAUGAUGCGCAGAUCUCGUGGCCACGGGUGAAUGCGCGCCAUAUUUUGAGUAUGGUCCGCCCGGGGAGUAUCAUUAUUUGUCAUGAUCGGAGGUCGUGGACGGCGCCGAUGUUGCGCAGGGUUUUGCCUGAGCUCAAAAGACGCGGGUACCGUGUUGUUACGGUGACGGAGCUGCUCAAGGAGGCGUCUUCCUAG